CACCUGUCUAGCAGACGGAGGCAGACAACAAACAUGGCGACGGUGCUCAGGAUCUCCACUUCUGUGUUUUCAAAAUUGCCGAAAGUUUCGUACCAGCCGGUGCGGGGUAAAAAAAUAAAGAACCCCAACCAAAGGAAACACGAAUACGAGUUUUUAACCAACAAGAAUCCGUACCCUGACGCCCCGAGCGUGGCGACUGGCGCUCUCAGAUACUACCCACGGGACCCGGACACCUAUCAAGAUCCCCCUUAUGAGCCAACUAAGUUGUUAAUGGUGCAGAGAGUCAAGCCAAUGAAGGGUCAGCCACAUUGGGACAGGAAGGUGUUGACUCGAUUGGGGCUGGACGCAAUUGAUGAUGAUCACAUUGUUAUUCUGAAGAACACUGAGUAUAUUUGUGAAGAUUUGUGGAAGGUUAAACAUUUGGUUAAAGUAACUCCUAUCACUUUUCCUAAUGGGGAACCAACAGAAGAGGACAUUGAAAGAACAGUGCUGACACCUCAGGGAGAGAUGAUUGUAGGAGACGCAGUGAGACCUGAUCCUCAGCGAGUAGAAGCCCAAGAAAAAUUCCUGAAGGACCCUCUCCGGCUAGAUGGAAAAACCAAGAGGGAGCGUUUCCGGGAUAGAUGGAACUCUGGCUGGUUUAUGUAGAGAAAGAUUGUUUAAUCAAUUUAAUAUUUGUGGACUGUAAAUAAUUUGGAUCUUAAAAGUUUGUAACAUGUACAUUUAGAUCAGAAAGUUGUAGCUGUAUUACAGAUUUGUAAAAUUUCUUGUUAAACCACAAAAAUGAUUUUUUUUUCAAAACUCUGUUAAGUUACUGCUCUCCCACACAAUGGCAAGAACUUUGAUGGAGGAAAGGGGAGACUUUCUAGCUAAAACAAAAAUUUAAUGACACUCAAAAGUGAUUCAUCCCCGGGGACAGUGAACCUCGGGGCGAUGGGGGUGGGGCUGCCCCAUCAGCAGACCACACGCAUAAUGUACACUAACAAACUUUUUGCUUUGGCCGGGCGCCUUGGGAGUGCGACAGAGACGGACGGACCGUCGUAUUGUCCACCGGGCAGGUCUCUUCACUCGAUUUAUUUUGGUUGUGUGUGUGUGUGUGUGUGUGUGCGGCUGGCCUUGCCAUCCUCGUCGCACUCGCGGGGCGCGCGGUCCAACAAGUGGCGGUGCCGCACUGAGCCGAAAAGGGAGGGGAGGGGGGGGGGAUUAAAGUGUACCCUUGGUACCCCUACCCCCAGCAGCCCCCGGCGGAGUGGCGGGCUGGGCCGGCCUGCCUGGGCAGUUCUCUGCGCGCCGUCGCCCCAGCCACAUCACCCCAACCGCAUCAAGAUGAGGCCGUGGCUCGCCCUGCUGCUCGUGGUGCUGGUCGCCCUCAACAUCGUCUGCAUCCAGGCCGUGGACGUGGACCACGACGGCAAGGACGACGGCCCGGACAGCGAUGGAGACGGCAUCCCCGACAGCGAGGAGAACGGCGCCGGCUUCGCGGUGCCCUCCCUCCCACUCCUGCUCCUCUCCGUGGUGCCCGUCUUCGCCCUCAGACUCUUCGGCUCAUCAUGAACACCGACAAGUUACCAACUUGUGACAUGCUACCAAAAAUUGUCAUUUCCCCAUGUGAUACAAUUGAAAUAACAUGAAAACAGUACUCUUUAAGCACAAUUUAUUCCGUUCACACUAAAAGAAAAAAAAUAAAAUCAGAAUUCGAAAUUGAAAA